GACAGUAGAUCUGUGAACAAACUCUGAUUUAUUUGAACAUCCACGAAGUGCGUUCUCGUCGGCAGAGGUAAUUUAAGCACAAGAAGGCGCACGCUGACAAUUCAUAUUAUUGUUUUGAUUUGUUGAGCAGUUUUCCAAGUGUCUUGAUCGCUAGUGGUCGUCAGCAGUCCUGAUCUGCACGGGAUGGUCGAAACGCUGAGCAUCGCCGUCAUCGGAGCGCCUGGAGUCGGGAAAACUUCUAUAAUCCGUCAGUUUAUUUACAAUGACUUCUCCGAGACUUACACCCCCACCCAAACGCGAUACGUCUACAGACCCUCGGUCAUUCUUAACGGUGUUAUGUACGACCUGAAGAUUUUGGAUGUCCCGCCAAUUUCCUCCUUUCCUUCGAGCCCGAGUCAGGAGUGGCUGGAUGCGCGGUGUAGAGGGGUCCGCAGUGCAAAUGCCUACAUUCUGGUCUAUGACAUCUGCUGCGUGGAGAGCUUUGAAUAUGUCAAGAUGAUCCGACAGCAAAUUGUGGAUAGCAGAGUGGGCAGCAGUAGUGAGGUGCCCAUCCUGGUGGUGGGCAGUAAGCGGGACCUUCAGCGGCAUCGGUUCACCCAGCGCAGGGCCGUGUCAGUACUGGUGAAGAAGACCUGGAAGUGCGGUUAUGUUGAGUGCUCUGCUAAGUAUAACUGGCACGUCCUUUUGCUCUUCAAAGAACUCCUGGGAAUAGCCGUGGCACGAGGACUGCGUCCGAACCACACCUCUAUCCGUCUCCAAGGGGCAUUGCAUAGGAACCGCUGUAAUGUCAUGUGACCUAUAUGUAGCCUUUUUUGAAUUUAUGCUUAUUCAGGACCAGUUUGUUUUAUCAGAGUCUUAAUUAUCUGAUUUGAGCUGGUCCUAAGUCAGUAUUGAAAGUCAACUUUGCUGUACCACAAGGAUGACGCUUUGGGGACAAACUGUUAAUCAAAAUGGCUGGAAUAUUACCACCUAGGGGCCUCUGUAACUGAUGCAUUCAUCUGAUGGAUUACCUUAGGUACUACUGAUUUCACUUUUCUCCAGUGUACUUUAGCAAACAGGAAAAAUGGAAGCAGAUAAGGAUUUUUUUUUUUAUCUUAACCAAAGUCUGGGUCAGAAUAAAAUAUUGAAUCUGACUCAGAGAGAGUAUAAUUUGUUUCCCCCCUUCUCAUAUUUAAAUUCAGAUGCUGUCGGUGCAAGCGUAUUUCCAGUGUGACAGUUUUGUUGCUUGGAAAUAGCUUUUAUGAGGGAUGUAUUUAUUGCUUAGAAAUAAUGAUGAGUGAAAGUUUGUGAACCCGUUGGAAUUAUCUGUAGUGCUCCUCAAGUCUGACCUAAAAUAUGAGCUGAUCUUUCCCUAUGUUAUAAUAUGUGCACAGUUUUUCUGUGCUUUCUCAGAAGCACUGACUUAAAAAAAUCCCUGUCUUGUUACUCACUGGCCAAUUUCCCUUUUGCAAAACUGCUUCAGGACAUUAAUAUUAAAGGAGCUGCAGGCUUCAGAUCUUGCCACAACAUUUCACUUCGUAAACCUUAUUAAAGGGACAGUUCACCCAAAAAUGUGAAUUCUGUCAUUAGUUACUCACCCUCAUGUUGGGUUCAAACCAGCUGAACCACUGAUGUCACAUGGAUUAUUUUAUCAGUGUUCUUACUACCUUCUGGGCCUUGAACGUGGUAGUUGCAUUGCUGUCUAUGGAGGGUCAGAAAGCUCACGGAUUUCAUCAAAAAUAUCUUCAUUUGUGUUCAGAAGAUGAACAAAGGUCUUACGGGUUUGAAACGACGUGAGGGUGAGUAAUUAAUGACAUCAUUUUCAUUUUUGGUUGAACUAUCGCUUUAACCAAAUGCUGCAGCUCGCAGACCUCACCAUUCUCCAAUUCCAUUUAUAGUAAUUCAUUGGGCCACCUUACACAGACCCUGAAAAAGUGUAAAUAAUAUUCCUACAAUGUGGUUAGGACAACAUUUUUUGUCAAAACAGCUUUUUAAUAGAAAAAUGGUAUUGUCCAUAAUGGCUAAAGAAGGUCACACACUGGACAAGAAGCACAGUGCUGCUCCAUAUCUUUAAAAUUCGAACAUAUGGUUUUCUAUGAGUGUACUGUGCAUGCACUGGUGGCACCAAUCAGCUACGACCUUAUGCGCCACAGACUGACACUCCCUUGACAUUAAUGUCUAUUGUGUAAUGUGCAUUUUUUAGCAUAAUGUUUGUCUUCUGUGGGUUUAACUUUCCAUUUUCUUUGUUUUUUUUUCAACAACCAGACUUUAAAUUCAACAACGGGGCUUUGUUCAUUCUUGAAGUGAACUUCUGCCUGUUUGGUGAUUAGAGUAACUAUUUCCCGGUAAGUUGUCAUAGGUGCAAAGCAGUGAUAUGCUUCUGGUCCAUUGUGUGACAGCCUUAAAGGAUUAGUUCACUCCUGAAUUAAAAUUUCGUGAUAAUUUACUCACCCCCAUGUCAUCUAAGGUGUUCAUGUCUUUCUUUCUUCAGUCAAAAGGAAUGGUUUUUGAGGAAAACAUUCCAGGAUUUUUCUCCAUGUUGUGGACUUCAAUGGGGAUCAGCGGGUUGAAGAUCCAAACUGCACUUUCAAUGCAGCUUCAAAGGGCUUCUACACAAUCCCAACCAGGGGCAUCACUAGACCCCUUCUACUGGGACACGUGCCCCAGUAUAAAUCUGCUGUGCCCCAGUAUUAAUCUUAAAUUUAAGUUUUAACAGUUUACUUUAUUUGUCAGUGUAUUCAUUUACAUUUAUAAUCGCGGCAAAAAAUGCAAUGUAGUAACCUAAUUCACGCUUAUAAAAGCAAAACAGUCAAGCACUUUAACCGAAAACACAAACUAGUGGUGUCCUUUGCGCAGAAAUCCACGUCCGCGUGUCAGGCUUUCAAGAAAAAAGCAAUAGAAAAAGUAAUGGGGGCCUGUGCCCCAGUAGAGCUUUAGAUCUAACAACAUCCCUGAUCCCAACCGAGGAAUAAGGGUCUUAUCUAACGAAACGAUUGGUCAUUUUCUAAAUUAAAUAAAAAUGAGCUGUAUAUACUUUUUAAACCACAAAUGCUCAUCUUGCACUAGCUCAACGCAUUAGGAAAGUGACAGAUCGUUUCACAAUAUAAGACCCUUAUUCCUUGGAUGGGAUUGUAUAGAGCCCUUUGAAGCUGCAUUAAAACUACAGUUUGGACCUUCAACCUGCUGAU